GAAAUGUUUGCUGUCUGUAGUCUACAUUCAGGUAGGCCGUCACUACAGCUGUUUAGAUGUUAGGAGCCGGGCUGCAUCUUUAGUGGAACUUGUGUGCCACUUCAGCAUUGGAUGCUGGAGGCAGGAGGCAUCGUACUACACAUUGCUGCGGUCGCCCCAUAGAACAAUGGAUUCCAAAAAUCAGUCAUCUGUAAGGACGUUUUUAAGACAUCUACAAGGGACACCGUUUCGAAUUCCGAAGAAAUUCCGACGGAACUCCACGAGUCAGAGCAAUGUCGUGGAUGCCCCUGUUGCUCCUAUUGAGGAGGUGCUUACUUUCGAGCAGAACCUUGACAGAGGUUUCCUCUCCACUGCUGGGAAGCAGCUGCUAUCGAGAGAGGAGCUCAUGUUCGGACAGCGGAGCACGAAGGAGACAGAGGAGGGGAAGCACAUUGACAGGGACUGGGAAACCCUUUACGCGAAGAUCAAAGAGGCUUUGCGAGCCACUUUCAAUCCAGAGAACAUUCCAGAAGUUCUAACGUCCGCAGUAGAAGCUAUCCAGCAAGAGGAAGAACAGGACAGGAGGUGGGAGGAACGCAGACAGAGUGGGGAUCCUCCGACAUGGAGACCACGCCGCUGCAGACACCUUCACGAGUCUCUUCUCCGGGGCAUGGUGGAUGAGCGUCUGGACGACGACAAGAUCACCCCCUUGCCGCAGGGGACGGAGAAGCUCUCGUCGGUGCAGAAGGACAUCGUCAGGAUGGCCAAGCGUCUGAAGGACGACCUUCUGAGAGUGGUGGAGGUUGUGAAGGGCUGCUACCCGGACGAGAUGGACAUCUGCAACGUGUAUGCGUCGAUGUAUCACCAAGCCUUUAGCAGCAGGCUGAGGGAUGUUGUGGAGUUUGAGCUGUGUGAAAAAGACAGUUCUUAUGUACUGCAAUGGGUGAAUAUCUACUAUCCACAAAUGCUGAAGAAACAGGAAUUCAUCAAGGAGAUCAACUUUGAGAAGUUGGGAAAGCUGUUACCAGAGGCGGUGACGAAGCCACUGGAAGAACAAUAUAUUACUUUCAAACAGGAGGAGAUGCAGAGACAGAUGGGUCGCAUACUGAGUCAGGAGGAGCAGGCCUGGAGGGAUGGAGUGGAACCUGAGCUCAGACACGGCUGCUACUACAGCCACCUGGCCUUCGACCUCCUGCCGUGUGUUAGUGGGGCUAUCGAAUCAGCAGAGGCCAUACUUGGUGACAGGAAGAAUGGCCACAGGAUUGCGUCCCUGCUGAAGAACUUCUUGGACAGCUUCAAGAAAUUCCAGGAUGAUGUCCAAGCAAAGUGUAAGAUCAGGGGAAGCCCAAAAAACAGCAGAGCCGUUGUAAUGGCUAACCUCAACAGUGUGGAACUGGUGAGGGUCUACCUCGAGGGAAGGGCUGAUAUCUUUUCAGGAGAUGAGAGGACAUUUUGUUUGUCCAUAGUUGCUGCCAUGAAAACAUCUAGCUAUGAAUUCGUCUUGAGCCCUGUACACAUAGACCUCAAGCCUACCUAUCGCAAUCUGGGAACCAAGGACUGGCUGAAAAUGGAGUGUGGGUUUGAGAAGCUGUUGGAGGGAAUUGGGAAACACAUCGAGGAUCUCAGAGGCCUGAAUUCCGUCUGCCAUCAGGAGCUGAUGAGCCAGCUACACCUGGAAGUGAGCAUGGAGUAUGUGAGGAGGUUGCUGAAGGGGAAGAUCGCACUGAAGAAUAAGGACAUGCAGGAGAGGGCAGCUGAGGUCGUGUGCGGCAACUGCCAGAGACUGCACAAAGUUUUUCUAAGCGAGGGUUCAAGCCACGCCUGGCUGAGUGAACCACUGACCUACAUUGCUGAGGUGAUCAAACUACAAGAUGUGAAUUCUUUACAACUAGAGAUUGCCUCUCUGGCUUUAUCCUACCCUGAUCUCAGUGAGAAACAUGUUGCUGCCCUGCUGAACCUCAAGUCUAAUCUGAGCAAGGAUGACAGGAACAGGGUGAAAAGUGCCUUUUUGGACAGGCUGUCAGAGUCCAGCUGCAGUGGGGGAAAAUCAUUUUUCUCCAGAAUUGUGGUCAAAUGAGAUACAGAAUGUUCUUCGAAGAUGGGAGAGCACAGAACCUAAAACAUAGUAGAGUAAAAUAGAGGACAGUAGAGUGUAGUAGAGUCCUCAUCAAGUACUCAUGAAUGAUGCCAACAUUAUUGUAUUUUUUUACUUUUUAGAAAAUAUUCUUCUUGUUGCUUUCUACCAUGCCCCAUGGUAGCUUCAUAGAAGCUAAAGUAACGAGCCUGGCUUGAAAAUGUAAGAAGUACAAAGUCCAGAUAUUUGUGUACAAAAUGUAAGAAGUGAAAGUUAAAAAAAAGUGUUCGGAAAAUAAAUAGUGAAGUAAAGUACUGAUACCAGAGUAUCAGUAUUUGUACUUGGUUACUUCCCAUCUCUGUAAUCUGAUCACAGAAAUACUGUAAAACUAUUCACUUAUGUUCUGCUUGUGUAUGUGCAAUAUUUAUCAUGUAAAGUGUGUUUACUAUUAAAGACAUAUUGUGCUCUAUGUAGGACCAUUUUCAAAACAUAAAUGAUUACAUGUCCUUGUUUAUAAAACAAAUAGGUGCUGUUUUUAUUUGAAUUACAUGUGUACAUUUGUAAAAUUAUCAAAUCUUCUUCUGUGAAUUUGCCUGUGUGCUUAAACUUGCUAAUAAAUCCUCAACUUGUA